ACAGAUUUCUCGCAGCGUUUUCGAGCGAAGGAAAGCGAGAGAGAGAGAGAACGAGGGAGAGAGAGAGAGAGAGAGGGAGAGAGGGGUUCUGUAACUCCAUUAAUUUCUCCUCUCCCUUCCCCAUUUCCUUCUCCUCAUGGAGCUCCAUCGCCGGACAAUCUCAAACCCCCUCCGAUCCUCAAAACCGGCGGGGAAGUUCUCGACCGAAACCGACUCUGCAUCUGCUGUCCAGGCUUCCGAUGCGCUGCCCCUUCCCAUCCGGCACACCAACAAGCUCUUCUCCGCUCUCUUCAUGGUCUCCAUCUACUACCUAAUGUGCAGGUGGCGCGAUAAGAUCCGCACCACCACUCCUCUCCAUGUUGUCACCCUCUCCGAGAUCUCUGCCAUUGUUGGCUUCAUCGCCUCCUUAAUCUACCUUAUUAGCUUCUUCGGCAUCGCCUACGUUCAGUCCUUCAUCUCCUCCCACGACGAUGACGACGAAUUCCUCCUCCCCAGCAACCCACCCGCACCCUGCCCCCUCGUCUGCUCCGAGAAACCUCCUCUCCCUGCCGCUCCGCUCUCUGGCGAUGAUGAAGAGAUUGUUUCCGCAGUGGUCUCCGGGAAGAUCCCAUCCUAUAUUCUCGAGUCGAGGCUUGGGGAUUGCCGGCGGGCGGCGGGGAUACGGCGAGAGGCUAUCAGUAGGAUAACGGGACGUGGAAUGGAAGGGCUUCCCCUUGAUGGAUUCGAUUACGAUUCCAUUUUGGGGCAGUGCUGCGAGAUGCCGGUGGGUUAUGUUCAAUUACCUGUAGGUAUUGCAGGGCCUUUGUUACUUAACGGGAAGGAGUAUUUUGUACCUAUGGCGACCACAGAGGGCUGCCUUGUGGCGAGCACAAACCGUGGAUGCAAGGCGAUUGCGGCGUCUGAUGGGGCAGUGAGCGUAGUUCUCAAAGAUGGGAUGACGAGGGCUCCGGUCGUUAGGUUUGCUACGGCCAAGAGGGCAGCAGAGCUCAAGUUCUUUUUAGAGGAUCCUCGAAAUUUCGAGACGCUUGCGAUUGUGUUUGAUCGUUCAAGCAGAUUUGCCAAGCUUCAAGGAAUCAAGUGCUCUCUAGCUGGUAGAAAUCUGUACAUGAGAUUCUGCUGCAGGACUGGAGAUGCAAUGGGCAUGAAUAUGGUUUCCAAAGGCGUGCAGAAUGUACUAGACUGCCUGCAAAAUGACUUCCCUGACAUGGAUGUCAUCAGUAUCUCAGGAAAUUUCUGCUCUGACAAGAAGCCUGCCGCAGUUAAUUGGAUUGAAGGGAGAGGAAAAUCGGUGGUUUGUGAGGCUAUUAUCAAGGGAGAGAUCGUGAAGAAAGUUCUCAAGACAAGUGUCUCAGCACUAGUAGAGCUAAACGUCAUUAAAAACCUUGCUGGAUCAGCUGUGGCGGGGGCUCUAGGUGGGUUCAAUGCUCAUGCCAGCAACAUCGUGACUGCCAUAUAUAUAGCCACCGGUCAGGAUCCUGCACAAAAUGUGGAGAGCUCUCACUGCAUCACUAUGAUGGAAGCUGUCAAUGAUAACAACGAUCUCCACAUCUCUGUAACCAUGCCUUCAAUUGAGGUUGGCACAGUCGGUGGUGGGACGCAACUUGCUUCCCAAUCAGCCUGCUUAAAUCUCCUUGGCGUGAAGGGCGCAAAUCUGGAUUCCCCAGGAGCCAACUCCAGGCUUCUGGCCACCAUUGUAGCAGCUUCUGUUCUAGCUGGAGAGCUGUCCCUCAUGUCCGCUCUCGCUGCUGGUCAGCUCGUGAAGAGCCACAUGAAAUUUAACAGAUCAAGCAGGGAUAUGUCUAAAUCUCUUCCAUCUGACGCCUGAAGCUCUUCACAUCUUCAUUGCUGUGCAGAAGGAAACAUAGCGUUCAGAAUAAUCACGGGAAUAUAAUUUCCAGGAAAAA